AUGCUUUACCGAUCUGGAGUCCUGAUUAUAAAUAGACCUGGAAAACAGACGCAAAUUUCACUUUUAAAGAGUGGUUUUAUCGUCAAUAGAAUCCAGGAAAUACAUUUAUUUACUCUCUCAUUGAUUGUUACAGGUUGUGGUUUGCCUUCUAUGUUAUUUUCUAUUAAGGUAUAUUGGUCUUCCGUAAUUAUUUUACCUAAGGCUGUGAUCAAGCAAGUGGAGGCUACUCUACGUGCCUUCUUGUGGAAAGGUUGUGACCUUGGCACCGGAGGGACUAAAGUAGUGUGGGAGAAACUUUGUAUGCCUAAGAAAGAGGGUGGUUUGGGUUUGCGGAGCAUAGAGAUUUGGAAUAAGGCUGCUAAGUUAAAAUACCUUUGGUCCAUUUGUACGGAUUCUGCCUCUUCUCUUUGGGUUUCGUGGGAACGAAGUUACUUACUUAAAGGCCGAAGCAUUUGGGAAUUGAAGUGUCCUGGGGAUUGCUCUUGGAUCUGGAGGAAGAUUCUUGCACUUCGGGAGAUAGGAAGGGACAAAAUGAAAUUUAUAAUUGGUAACGGUAGACGUACUUCUCUUUGGUUUGAUAAUUGGCAUCGUCUUGGCCCUUUACAGAAGAUUCUUGGUGAGAGGAUCAUUCAUGAAUCUAGAUUUAGUAGAGUAGCUAAGGUGGCUGAUAUUGUUGAGGGUGAUAGCUGA